CUAUGGAAGGGUAUUAGAGUCAAAAUUCCCAGCUUUUGUCCCAGUAUUUGUCCCAGUGUUUGUCCUGGUAAAUGUCCCGGUAAAUGUCCCGGUACACGUCCCGGUACGCCUUUUUCCUGUGGGCGAGGUCGACCUGCCUCCCAAAUUUGAGGUGUGGUCGUCACAGCCCAGCAAUUACUGCUUGCAUCCGCUCCAGUUCUUUGCCCCAGCAAGUGUCCCGGUAUGUGUCCCAGUAAGUGUCCCGGUUUGUGUCCCAGUAAGUGUCCCGGUAUGUGUCCCAGUGAUAAAACGCAAAACUUCACGAGAUUAGUGCAGCAAGUCCUAGAGUAACUUCUAUGAAGAGGAACACCAAGAAUAUCUGUCACCAACCGACGGAAACACUCUUGAACUGGACUGCAUUCCUCUAGAACGACUUUAAUACCACCCAUUUCAAGUGCUGUUUCAUACUCCUUUGUACUCCAAUCUAUUAAACAUUAUAACUUUAAAUUUAACACUGGCUUUAUUUUGUGUAUAAUUAUCCGGUUUACAUGACUAAAAUGGGAGUGGUCUUGUAUAAUAGGCAGCUGCCUCACUACUAUGCACUACAACCCUCCUCUUGAGACAAAAAACAACAACAAACAGUCAUAAGUUUAUGUGUAAAAUCAAAUCAGAAGUUUGAGUCUUCUUAGCCCCUCACAAGGCUGCAUGCUAGGUUCUUAGUGUCUUCUUAGCCUUAGGUUCUUAGUGUCUUCUUAGCCUCACAAGGCUAGGUUCUUUGUGUCUUCUUAGCCUCACAUGGCUAGGUUCUUCGUAUCUUCUUAGCCUCCACAAGGCUCUUUUAUGACACGAGGCAUUCACUUCCAUUGCGCAUGCGCAUUCCAUGAGUUAACUUGUCGCAAUCUUUAUUCUGGUACUGGGGCAUGUGCCUGGACACAUACCGGGACACAUACCGGGACACUUGCCGGUGCACAUACCGGGACACAUACCGGGACACUUACUGGGACACAUACCGGGACACUUGCCGGGGCAAGAAACUGGAGCGGAUGCAGCAGUAAUUGCUGGGCUGUGACAACCACACCCCAAAUUUGGGAGGCUGGUCGACCUUGCCCACAGGAAAAAGGCGUACCGGGACAUGUACUGGGACCUUUACCGGGAUGUUUACUGGGACAAACACCGGGACAUUUACUGGGACAAAAAGGCUGGGAAUUUUGACUCUAAUACCCUUCCAUAUAAGACUGUCCUCAGUGAUGGCCAUCAGAGGACCAUCAGAUCAGUGAACUGGUCACCAUGUGGUAACAUGCUGGCAUCGGCCAGUUUUGAUGGCACCAUCUGUAUCUGGGACAAGAGGAGUGGAGAGUUCCAGUGCACGAGUACGCUGGAGGGUCACGAGAACGAGGUCAAGUGUGUAGUGUGGUCAGUGUCUGGAGCCCUCCUCUCCACGUGCAGCCGAGACAAGAGUGUGUGGGUGUGGGACGUGCUGGAUGAUGGGGAGGAGUUUGAGUGUGCUAGUGUCCUCCAUCACCACACACAGGACGUCAAGUGUGUACGGUGGCAUCCAACUGAGAAUUUGCUGGUCUCUGCUAGUUACGAUGAUACUGUCAAAAUAUACAAAGAGGAUGACGAUGAUUGGACUGCCUGUGCUUCCCUGGAGGGCCAUGAAUCUACCGUGUGGUCCAUAGCAUUCGACUCCACUGGGGAAAGAUUAGCUUCUUGUAGUGCUGACAAGACUGUGAAGAUAUGGAGAUCAUACAAGCCUGGAAAUGAACAAGGUGUCCCCACUCCCUCCAGUGACCCAGUGUGGAAGUGUGUGUGCACACUGUCAGGACAGCAUAACAGGCCCAUCUAUGACAUCAACUGGUCGGCCUCUGGUGCUAUAGCGACUGCCGGUGGAGACGACAUCAUCAGGAUAUUCAGAGAGACUCCCGGCUGCGAUGCUCAUCAACCAACGUUUGAUCUCGUGUGGGAACAACCAAAGGCCCAUGAGAGCGAUGUCAACUGUGUGACGUGGAAUCCUAAGAACUCAUCUAUGUUAGCUUCAUGUUCUGAUGACUGUAAGAUUAAGAUUUGGAAUUUUUCAUAAACAUUUAUAAUUAUAGUAAGGACGGAAUACAUUUUUUGCUGGCCAGUUCUAUCAAUUAUUAUUGUUGCUACCUAUAGCAAUCUAUUUUAAUUUGUGUCUGUAUUCCUUUUGUGUCUACAGUAAAUUCUUCGUAUGUUUUCCAAG